UCAAAUCUCGCGAUUCGCGCUCGAAAUUCCAAGCUUCCGGUGCGUCCCGCGACCGAGGGAAACUCUGGACGAGAGGAGAUGUCCCGAAAGUGGUUCCACAGAGGAGACGACACGUUCAAGCCGCCAGACAUUCGAAGAUAGCGGGUCAAGGUCGCGAGGAGCUCGAACCUCCAGCGUCGUCGAAGUUGAUUCCUUUUCGGUUAGGGAUGAGGAUUCGCGGUUCAGGGCACGACGAAACGUCGGUAGGAUCAAACAGAGCUUGAGCGACCGCGUGCAAUCGUCGCGCAACUUCGACAGGCCUAAGUUCAAGUUCACUUUCAGAGAAAAGUCGAGGAAAUCCGAAGAACAUCCUGAUACCUUCAGGGAGAAAAGGAAAUCCAGCGAAGAGAAGGAACGUCUAUACGCUCCUUGCUCCAAGGACGUUGAGGAGGAGGCACAAGCACGCUCCAAGCUACACAAGAGCGAUUCUUUCCUCAGAAGAUUGGUAAGAAGCUCGAAGGACAAUAUUACCGAAGGGUGCGAGAGAUUGGUCAGAAAUAUUCAAAAGAGUCCUCUUCUACGAAAGAAGUUUCAAUCUGCGGACGAAGAGAGACCAGUGGCACCAGUCCGUAGAAAGAAGUCCAAACAGAGACUUCUGGAGCCCGAUUUAACCAAUAAACAGUCUUCCACGGGUAUCGAUCCUGAGCAACCUAAUAAUAUUCACGUUUCUGUCGUGUGCCCAAGCGCUGAGCUCAUUGAGGAUGACUUUCUGCUGGUUCACAAGGAGCCUCAGACUGAAAGAACCAAUCAGUCGUUGAACGAAUCAACAACUAAAAUCUCCUCGACGUACUUUGUCGAGAACGAAGAUUCGUCUAAAAGCGUCUCGGUAGAAGACGUGGAGGAUCUGAUUCGAACGGAGAACAAUCUCCGACUUUUGGAGCAACGCGUUCUCAUUAGAAGACGUUUAGAAAAAUCCACGAAGCUUCUGGAGGCGCUGCAAUCAGGCCAGCGAAGAUCCUGGAGCGAAGAGAGCCUCGUCCACGCUAUAGAGCAGGUUCACCGCAAGUUCCACGUGGGGUUCCCCAUCUCCAAAGUCUCCAUAGACACCGUGACGGUAGACUGCUCGCCUAUCGCCCACAGAAGAUUCGUCAGACCCGUUUGCAAUCGCGAAAGGUCGAGUAGCGGGCAGUCAAGGUCGCUGGAGUGGCGAGACAAGGUAGAGUGGACGUCGUGGAAAGCGAAACGAUCGCCACCGCCGGACGACUGGCAGGUUCAGAGGUCGCCGAGGCUCUCGUCGAGGCGUGAUAGCACGUACGGGUCAGGCGAUAACCACGUUCCGGCAAGGAAGUCACGAAUACAAGGCGACGAAGUGCACGCGCGGCUCACGUCGCUCGUAAAAUGCAAACUUGCGAAUUUCGCGGGCAGAGGUGGGGACGAGGAGGAGCUGCGAGACGGCGAGCCUGCGGAAGAACAAAGUAAACAGCGGCUAGUCGCGAACAGGCUGGACGAGAACGCGACUCGUCACCCUUCGACGCCUGUCUGCGAGCCAACGCACGGCUCACGUGUCAUUUCUGACCUCAGGAUAGAGUCUGCCUCGGUGAACGAUGCUCUGGGUGACUCAGGCGUCGUGACAAUUCGCGUGAACCUCGGUGACUUAGAAUCUGACGCAAGAGAUGACAACCAAGGGGCCCUGAAGUCUGCUUCGGUGAUCACUGCUGAUCGUGGUAAAAAUAACGAGAGCAAAGGCCAGGGAAGAUCAUCGAAGAAGAAGAAAGCCAUCGGAUCUGGCUGCAAAGUUCCAGAUUGGAACGACUGGAAGAUGAAAUUCACAAUCAGGAUGAUUCGCAUCCGGGACAAACUGAUGCUAGGCCUGAGUGCCUUCGCGAUAUUGUUCACUAUUCUGUUGGUGAUGGAUCUGCAGAUGGAUCUUGGAUACAGUGGACAUCAUUUGGUACCCAGCCAUGGGCGUGUUCGGGUCGGGGACGACCCGAAUACUGGUACGAUUUAUAACUUUCGCAGGAGAUAUUUGCAACGAACGAAUGCAAGUAAAGAGCAGACCAGUGGUGAUAUGUCCGGUACGACGCAGAAUAGUGGAAAGGAUGGUGAGAACGUAGCUAGGGAGUCGAGGACCGAGAAGACAGAGGUGCAUGAUAAUUUUCGGGAUUUGGUGGACCUCGUGGAAAAAGGUUAUGGUGUUAGUGUUUACGAAGGAGUAGCUAGGAUCAGUGGAGAAGACCAUACGUACAAUCCUACGCUCGGGGAGAUGAAGAAAAUCAGUCCAAAGAAGAACAGUUCGACGCUGGAGAAAUUCCACCUACAAAUUUCCAGGACAGAACUAUAUCCGCAGAACUCGAAGUACGUGGACCAAUUGUUGCACGAAAUCGCGACGAAGCCUAUCGUUCACGUUGUUCAAAAAGAGGGCGGCACGCAACUGAAACUCCAAAUAAAUUAUUCGAACAUGCAGGCUCUCUUCAAGCCUAUGAGGUUUCCACGAGAACAGCAAACUUUACCAAAUCACUUCUACUUCACGGACUUCGAGAGACACACAGCAGAGAUCGCAGCGUUUCAUCUGGACAGACUACUGGGAUUCCGAAGGGCGAUGCCAGUCACCGGUAGAACGUUGAACCUAACGACAGAGAUUUAUCAGAUCGCCGACGGCGAGCUGCUGAAGACGUUCUUCGUCAGCCCCGCCGGUAAUAUCUGCUUCCACGGCAAGUGCAGUUAUUACUGCGAUACGGCGCACGCGAUUUGCGGAAAUCCGGACACACUUGAAGGGAGCUUCGCCGCGUUCUUGCCGGAUAAAUCUUUCGUUGCGAGGAAGGCCUGGCGACAUCCAUGGCGCAGGAGUUAUCACAAGAGGAAGAAGGCGCAGUGGGAGCACGAUUCCGAUUACUGUUCCCUGGUAAAAGAAAUUCCACCAUAUCACGAGGGUCGCAGGCUGCUGGAUCUAAUGGACAUGGCCGUCUUAGACUUUCUUAUGGGAAACAUGGACAGACACCAUUACGAGACGUUCAAGAUUUUCGGCAACAACACGUUCCCCUUGCACUUGGAUCACGGCAGAGGUUUUGGCAGAGCUUUCCACGAUGAGAUCUCUAUCUUGGCCCCCAUCUUACAGUGCUGCAUGAUCAGACAAACAACUCUAAGCACCCUUUUAAAAUUUCACAACGGACCAGACCGCUUGAGCGAGGCGUUGCGUAGGAGCAUGGCGAAGGAUCCCGUGGCGCCGGUUCUAUGGGAACCCCAUUUCGCAGCCCUGGACAGGAGGGUGCGCGUGAUUCUCCAAGCGAUAAGAGACUGUGUGAAUCGCGAAGACUCGAGUCAAGUCGUCCACGAGAAAACCGAAGACACUGGAUCCUAGCCGUUUCGUGUGCCAGUGAAAAAGAAACUUCUUAUUAACGGAUACGAACGAGAAAAAAAGAACUAGCUAAGAAAUUUUUAACGCUGAUAGAGUGUAGUUUAUUGUAAAGAGGACAUGUGUAAAAACAAAGAAAAAGGAAAGAAAUGAUUAGUGAACGAUCGAACGAUAGCAAGAUCGAUGACGAUAUAUAUAUAUAUAUAUUUCAUGGUUUUGGAAGACGUUUCUUGUCAAGUGAGUCUUAUCUUUGACGAGAUACUUUGUUGUUUAUCGAUCAACGUUAAUUAUCGAAUAUUGUGCUUCGAUUUGAUUUGAUAGAUUUUUACGAAAUUGUUACUCUUGUUGUCUUCUAACGCAGAAUGAUGUUACUUUCUUUUAUUCUAUCCUUCUAUUUUUAUUCGAGAGAAACUUGUACAAAGAGGCUGUACAUAGUGUAUGUAUCAUAAGCGACGCACGUGAAACAGAGUUAAGAUCAAAAAGUAAAACGCCCUGCUUUCUGUGUAUAUAAGAUUAAGGAGGGAAAUCGAUAUCGCUUUUGUCAGGGCCGUGGAUAUUUUACAAAAUCUGCGUUUUCAUCGCUCAAGUCGACGGGCGUGUUAUUUCGGUCGACUGAGAAAUUGGUUUCCUUAGGAUUCGUGGAUCAUUCGCUCAACGAUGAGGUCCAAGGGUUGACGAUUUAUCGCUGAGUUUGUCGUUUACCUGAACGAGACGAACGAUUUUCUGAGCCACAGUUCCUCGCGAUGACACAACGCAAUUCCUGCUCGGCGAUCUAGCGUCGGACUUUUUUACGAGAAUCCAGUUUUCACCUGCGAACGGAAAAUUGCGCGAAGAGAGAGUGUGUUUUAUCCGUGGCGAACGCUAUGCGUGUUGCGUGGAAGCAGCCUUUUUUAAAGUGUGCUUUUCGUACGCAUGUACUACUGUGAAUGUUCCCAAAGUGCACCUGUAACUUGUAAGUGUUUAUUUUUUUUUCUUUCUUUCUUGGGCUAUGAGGAAAAGAAAAAAAGCUCUGUUGAACUAA